AUGAAUACUAUCACUACUGACAACAACAAUGAUAAUCAGAGGAGAAGAUCCUCCAUGUUAGGUAACAGUGCUGAUGAAACAACACCCUCCUAUUUAACAUUUAAUUACAACAAUAACAACAAUAACAACAAUAACGAUAAUAACAUUAUUAAUAAUAACAAUGAUAUUUCACCAUCAUUAUUAGAUGAUGAUUUGAUAAUGGAUGAUAGUAAAUCGGAUAUUCUCUCAACAAUACAAACUACUACAAGUGGUGGUGGUAUUAGAGGAGGAGGAGACAUUGACAUUGCUGAUGAUCAAUCAAGUAUUGAACAAAGUCAAACAUCGUUCAAUGCUUUGGACCAAAUGACAAAUUUAACAGAUGAAGUUAUUGGAAAAACACUUGUAUUAGAAAUUAUAUCUAUCAUUAUUUGUGUAUUGUUUUACUUGUCAUUAUUAGUGUCUUUUGCUAUUAGACCAUCAUUUAUUAAUUUAACAUACAUGUUAAUAUUCUUUUUACACAAUUUAACACCAAGUUUUUAUCCAUAUUUUCAAAAAGUUGGAAUUAACAGAAUUUGGAUGAUGAUUCCGAGAUUUAGUACAUUGUCAAUAUCUUUACUUGUUUCUAUUUGUUAUUUUAUUGGUACUAUUGUUGUCAGUGUUGUUUCUAUUAAUGAUAAUUAUUUGACAGAUGUUUUGACAGAUAUUGGAUUUGUGAGUUUGAAAGGGAAAGACAUUUCAUUCAUUCUAAUUCAUGUCAUUCCAGAUGCUCUUGUUAUUAUUUUCUCAUUUACUUGUUUUAUUUUCCUUUCAGUUUUAUGGAGAAGAAGAUUAAAAUUAGAAAAGGAAGGUGUUUCUUUAAAAAUUAAGAAAGUAACACCGUCAACUUUUAAAUCUUCCCUUAUUAAUAUGAGUGGUAAAGUAGAAACUGUUAAAUCCACUGAUACAGGAAUAACAACAAUUGAUAUUGGAGAAGGUCAGAAUGAAACCAUGUAUGCCAUGCAAGUGGAUGAUGUUGUGACAACUAAGGUUUCUACUUCUAAUACUAAAUUGGAUGAUUCAGCUUUGAAGAAACAACAAAUUGAAUCAAUUCCUAAAGUUAAGGGAGCUACCAUGUACAUGUGGGAUUUACCUGGUGUUUUUACUAAACAUCCAAAGCUCUUGACAUGUUCUGUACAAGAAUUGAAAACUUCAGUAACUCAUGUUGGAUCAAUGCCUCCAAAGGAAAAGACUGAAAAGAAACAUGUCAAUAUUCAUGAAUUGAAAUUGAUUAUAUUCGCACUCUUUUUGAUGAUUACUGCAAGUUUUUAUCCAAGUUUUGUAGGAAUUCCUUAUUUAUUAUUGAGUUUUUUAAUUAUUACACUUGCCAGUUUUGGUAGCUUGAAGACUUUUAUUUCAAUUGGAUUAUUUAUAUUUACACAAGUUUAUUCUAUACUCUUGCUCAUUUUCUACUUUUUAACACGUUUCCAAACCAAUUCAAUCUCCUCAACUGGUUACUUUUCUAAAAUGAUUUUACAAAAUCCGUAUGGUAAAAUGGCUGGAUUUUUUGAUAUUGAUGGUAAUUUGAAAUCAUUUGAAUUUUUCAAAAAGUUCUACACUGGAUAUGUUUUCAUCACAUUUGUUCUAAUUACAUUCAUCUUGGCUUGUAACUUUGUUUGUCAAUAUAUUGCAAAAGUUUUACAAGAAAGAGAACUACAAAGACAAGUUAAAAAGUUUUUAACACUUUUGCCAACCAUGAUUUCUAAUAAGGAAGAUUUGGAUACAAACUCUGAGGAAUAUCUUCAGGAUUUGUACUAUAAAUCUGAAGAGAGAAGAUUAAUAGAAAUUGAUGAACACACUUCAAUGGGUGGAAUUGCAGGUGGUGUACAUUCCAUUUAUGAAUCAUCUUACAAGUUUAGAAUGUUCUUAUAUGAACAAUUGCAAAAGUUCAUUCUCUAUGCAUUGAUGAUUGCAUUGAUUUGUAUCAUUUUGUCCGUUCCAAGUUUGUGUUCACUUCCCUAUUUACUUUUCCUUUAUCUUGGUAUGGUUUUAUCACCAGGACCAAGAUUUGAAACCAAUAAGGUCAUGGUAAUUCUGUUACCUUUCUGUUUCAUUUAUAGUUUGCUUUAUAUUUGUGCUCAAUAUGUUUUCCAAAUGCCAAAUUUUGCAUCAUACAUUCCACAAACCACAGAAAUGUCAGCAAAUGAAUUUAAUCCAUCUGGAAGUGGAGGAGUAUUGUUUUAUCCUCUUCAAGGAAUUCUCUAUAGAGCCAUUGUAGGAACAACUGUUGGAGCUUUUUUAACAGAUGUUAGUGAUAGUGGUAGAUCUAUUGUUCUUGUUGCAGUCAUUUUUGGUCAAUUAAUCUUGUCCUUAUUUAUGGGGUUGACUGUAAGAGUUAGUGCUGUAUCCAAGCUAUUGAAGAGACAUAAAAAAACAGUAUCAACAAGUAAUACUGCUGCUGCUUCGACUGGUUCUCAACGAAAAGCAUUUUUAAAAUCUACAAAAUAUUGGUUCCACAAACGUUCUAUCAAUAAUAACUAUGGAAUGGAUGAUACAGCUCCCCUUGUUCCAAAUGAUUCUGUUAAUAGUAACAGAUCAACUUCUAUGGAUAUUAAACGUAGAUCCAUCUAUUAUACCAAUGAGGAAGAUAGUGAUUUGGAUGUUAUAAUGUCUCCUGCAAUGGGUGAUCAAUCUAUUCAUGAUUCAGUAUUCUCAGAUUCUAUUAGAGACCCAACUAAUGUUGACAUGACUGAAUUGGAUAAAAUCAAUGAUGAAGCAGACAAUAAUUUGGGAGAGGUUGAGUGUGAACCACAAAAUACAUCUAAAAGAGUUUGGGUUAAGAUCAAGUUGAUUUUACAAACUAUUAAGAUUAUACUCUUUGACUAUAUUUGGAAAGUAUUGCUCAUUCUCUUUGUGAGAAACAGUUUCUAUUUGAGUUUGAUUGUUUGCUACUUUGCCGAUUUGACAUCUGAAAAUGCUGAUUUACUUCAUGCUAUUUAUUUAAUAUUUUGUGCUGUCUAUUUCAUUUUCCCAUCCUUUGCAAGAAAAACAUGGAUUUUAUUAGUUCUAUAUUGUCAAUUUGUUAUUCUUGCCUUGUACUUCUUCAAUGUGUGGUACGCACCUGAAGUUGUUGAUUUACCGUAUGAAAUUAUAGGUUUUAAUCCAUCAUUUAUUACAAUUGAAAAUCAAAUUAGUACAAGUAGUUUUGGAGUGUUUUGGAAAGGACUUAUUUGGCACAUUUUCAUUCUAACAUUGACCAGUAUUCAAUAUCAUAUUUCAAAUGUAAAGACAGUUGGUAAUGUGAAUGUUAAUACUAGUUUUGAUCAAUGGGAUAUGUUUACAAAAGAAAAGAAUCCAUACUUGCACACAUUCUUUGAAAAAUUAAUUCUUGUUUGGGAUAAGAUCUUUUUAGAAACUGAAUUGUUAAACUUUUUAGGAACUUUGGCAAGUUAUUUUGCAGUCUUUUUGGUAAUUUUCCUUCAAGAAGAAGCAUCAUUUAUUGGAUUCAUAUUCCUAAUGAUUGUUAUGGCAUGUUUCUGUUUAAAUGUUCUCUCAGUUCACAAUUCAAAUUCCACAAAAGCUGGUUACAGAUUAUUCCAAUUCUUUGUUGGCUUGUGGUACGUCUUUGUUUUCUAUUCUACUUUGGUAUUUGUUGUAGAGUAUGCUUAUCAAUUCCCAUCCCUGUACGCCUACAUUCAAAGUAUCUUGCCAGAAGUUGAAAGAGCAAAGCAACUUAUCAGAGAACAUGAAUUGGACAAGUCAAUUGAAAUUCCUUCAUAUUACGGAUAUCUUACCCCAAAGAGCAUUGGUCUAUACAAGUACCAAUACAAGAAUGUCAGUUUACUUCCUUUCACGAUCAUUGCCAUAUUGACUAUUGUUCAAUUGAAAUAUUUCCAAUUUGUUAUUGGCAGAAGAAGACAAAGAAUCAAGACAGUGCAGGAACAAGAAGAAAUUAGAAAGAAAGAACAAGAACAAACUAUUCCAAAUCAACCACAGCAACAACCACCUACUACUACUACUGGUCCAACACACAUUCAUGAACAUACACCAUCAUUGAUGGACGAAAUUGUUGAAACUAUUCAAGAAUCAUCUCAUGUGAAAAUUGAGAAACAAAUUAUAUUCAGUGAGCAAAUAGAUUCACUCCUAUUGGAAUGCUUCUUGGUCAUGAAACGUUUCUGUGUUAUGCAUACUCCUAAAUUGUUGAUUAUUUUCCUCUUCUUGGCUUCCAACUUUAAUCCAAAUAUUAUUGGUCUGAUUUAUUUGGUUUUAGUUCUUGUAUUUGCUCCUGCACCUGUUAUUGCUAGUAAGAUUUGGUUCUUGAUAGCUCUCUACAGUGGAUUUAUCAUGACAAUCAAGUAUAUUUAUCAACAUCCAUUCUUUACAAAUGGUUUGUGUGAUAGUGCAUUGGGAGCAAUUGUUCAACAUCAAGUUGAGAAUUUUGGUCGUUCCACUGGUGUUUGUACUUGGUUGGGUUAUAUUGGACUUGAAGAUGCUAGAUCAACAGAAGGACAUCACAUUGGAAAUGUAUUGUGGUCUAGUUUAUUGGUAUUUGUUGCAUCUCUCCUCCAAAAGGUUACCUAUCGUUGGGAGAGAUCCAUGAAGAGUAGAGGUCUCUAUGAUGAGGGAUGUUUAUUCAUAGAGGCAGAAGUUAAUGUUAAAAGCAAGAAUGAUCCAAUGGCUAGUUUUGCUCAAAAGUUGAGACCUUCAUCAUCAGCUGACAAGAGAAAAUCCAAGGCGAGAAAUAGAAAUACCAUCUAUAUCAGUAGAGAGGAAUUUGAAAAGAUGAACUUUGAUGAAGAUCAUCCAACUGAUUUAACUGAAGAAGAAAACUUUAAAUCCUUCUACAAGAGAAAGAUUAUCAAGUUUUUACGAAAGCUAUUCUCAUCUUUCAAAUAUUAUUGUAAUCACUUUUAUGAUGAUUAUGGAUUUGAAAUUUCUCUCUUUACUCUAUUGUUAGGAUCACUUUCAUUGAUUCAAACAUUGUGGGGAUUCAUUUAUUUGAUUGUUUUUGGUGUUUGUUUCUUUACUGGAAAGAAUAGUACAAUUUUGAGAAGAGGAUGGAUCUUUUUAGUAAUGGUUGUUGAAAUUAACAUGUUAAUUCUCUUCUUCUUUAGAUUGCAAAUAGUUCGUUCAAUGCAAUUUUACGAAGCCAUGAUGAAUAUUCCAAUAUUUAGCAAGUAUAUUAUUCUCAAUUUGACCUCUACAUCUGGAGGAGUAAUUAGCAAUACGUACAUUGUAGUCAUUCUCUACUUGAUGAUGUUCUUUAUGGCCUUGCAGGCACGAGUAUUCUUCAAAGGAAUGUAUGCAAGAUUGCAACAUAUUGAAGUUUCUCAACCUGAAAAACUUCCAAAACGUGAGAGAGGUGAAAUUGUUUCAUCCUUCCUUUCCAGAACCCAGAAAUUAGAUAAUGCACUUAUUGUCCACUUGGAUACAAGCAGUUUAAUCAAACGUAACAUUGAAACAGGAAAAAUUCAAAAAAUCAAAGACUUUACAACACCAGAUCAACAAAAGAAAUUGUGGAAUUGGAUCAAGUUGAUAGUUUAUAGAUUCUUUUGUUUUAUAGUCUUGAUUGUCAUGUUUAUUGAUGCAGCCAUCGAUUCAAAUGUUAUCAAAUUAGGUCAAAUGAUUCUCUGUUUAUUCUAUUUGAACUUGUUUAAUAGAUUGUAUUGGAGAACAGUUCCAUUCUGGAGAGGAAUUGGUAUUUUUUAUUAUUUAACAUUUGUAAUUGAUGCAAUUUAUCAAAUUCCAAUUGUAUUGUUGGGAGAUCCUAUUAAUUGGGGUAACGAAAAUGAUACAAGUGGUUGGGUAAAGAAUGUUUGCCUCCUAUUUGGUCUUAAAGCAAGAGGCCUUGAAAGUUUUACCACCGAAAUUAUUGUAGUCUGCCUCUAUUACUUGCAAAUUUUAUUAUUCGAAAGUGAGGAUUACAUUCAUUUCAUUAAUUUACUAUACAGAGAAAGUCAAGAACGGGCCACCAAGUACAGAAGAAAUCAAGCUUAUAGAGCUGCUCAAAUUUUAUCAAGGUUUGCAGAGGGACUCUUUUCAGAAAAGAGAAGAGAUGCCAACCGACAAGCACUCAGAAGUUUCCAUGAAGUGAACAAGGAUUCUGAUUUCCAAAGUUUCUACAAUAGAAAGCACAUGCUCAAAGAAGAAUAUGAAAAGGUAGUCAAUGCAUAUGCCAAGAAUUCAGAAAAGAUUGAAAGAGAACGCGCUAUUUUAGCACUUGCAAUGAGUGAUUUAUUGGAUUUGGAGAAUAAGGAAUCAGCCAAGAUUAGAAAAAAGAUUGUCUCUAACCUGAAUAAGGAAGAACAAUUAAUGAAAAAGUGCUUGAAGAAGGCAGAGCAUAAAUUCCAGAAAAAGAUGAGAGAAGUCGUUUCAACUUUGGAGAAUUUACAAAAUUACAAGAGCUCCACUCUAGUAGUUGAUAAUUCAGCAAAGAGAAGACCUGUGCAUUUCGAGCGUGGUCAGUUGGAUCUUCCAUCUGAUCCAAACCAAGAAUUCCUUCCAAGUAAUAUUUCUAAAGAGGAGGUUCAAAAGGUAAUGAAGAAUAUCCUUUCCAAGAUUGUUCCACAUGAUAGAAUUGUUGCUCUUGGCGAUGUUUUAGGUGCACCAUCUUCAAAAUUGGAACAACAAUUGAAUAUUAUAUCCAAACAUGCUAGAAAUGACUCUGUCAAUGAGGCAUUGAGUAAGGUCAUUCAACAAGUUGCUCCAGAAAUUGCUCAAGAAGGUUCUCAAGAAAAUAAGAAAGAGGAAUCAACUCCAAAGUUACCUCUCCUAUUUAGAGCAAAGAGUUUACUUGCUGUAGUAUUUGCCAAUGUUGGUCACUACGCUUACAUGUUAACUGAUUUGAUUGUUAAUCGUAUUCAAAUAUUUAUUGGAAUUGCUUGGAUGGAUGAAUUGGAAAUUAAGAAGAAAUAUAGAGUUAAUUUGGAUGAAAUUAUUGCAGAUGCCAUCAAUGAAUACAUUGAAGAAAAGGAAGAGGAGUGGAAGAAGAAGAAUGAAACUACCACCACUACUGAAACACUUGUUGAAUUGGAGCAACAACCUGAAGAUGAAAUUAAAUUAACAGAAGAUGAAAAAGAAAAGGAGGAAAAGGAAGAUCAAGCUGAUAUUCCAAAUCUCAAAUCAAAAGAAUUUACAACACAAGAGUUGAAUGAUUUAUUACAACUCAAACUUGAACAAUCCAAAGUUCAUCCCGAUAUGAAAAAGAAACCAUUCAAUUGGGUUCCAAUUGUAUUGAAAUUGAAACAAUUACUCGUAGCCCUUACCAAACUAUUCUUCAGCAAUACGGAUGUCAUUUGUUACUUUGCCAUGUUGGUUAAUUUACUCUAUGCUCCAACUUAUUUCAAUACGGCCUUUACGUUCUUUUCAUUGACAUAUGCAGCCAUGCAAUAUCCAUAUCCUCACAGAUACUUUUGGGAACUCAUGCUUAUAUUGGCUCAACUAUUGAUUAGUGUUCAAUAUAUUUUAUAUCUAGUACAAUCUGGUUUACCUGACAAUCUCAAAUCAACUGAAUCUGAUCCAGCAAUUUUCUUAUUGGGAUGGCAACCAAGUACAGCUCUAUUGGCUGAUAUUGUCAUGUACUUGUUAAUUAUGCUUGCAAUCUUUUUCCAUCGUGAAAUUACUAGAAAUCGUGGAGAAUGGAAGACCAAUUCGAGAAAGAAGAGAUUAUCUGCAGCUGCACUUGCCUCUGCCAAUCAACAAGAAAAUAACACUACACAACAAGAUAAUCCAAUUAUUACAACCACAAAUGCUACCAUUGAACCAAGAGAUGAUCAAAUGAUUUUACCAUCCAAUUCACAAAUUCUCACCAAUACUACUACUACUACUGGAAGAAAUAGAGCCAACACAGCAACAUCUGUCGAGCUAGUAACCAAUGAUAUCAUGACUGCAACACCUCGACCAUCCAAUGCAACAAACAAUGAGGAGAAGAAAGAGUCCAAAAAGACUGUCAAAUUCAAUGUUCAACAAGAAGAAGAUAAGAAAGGUAAAAAGGAUAACAGUGAAAAGCCAAAUAUUUUCAGAAGAGGACUAUCCAAGUUUAUUAAUCAUUUUAAGGGUUUAACAAAUGAUCAAUUCAAACUUGGUAUAGAUUAUUAUGUUGUAACUGUUGCAGUUGAAAUUUUGGCAUUUGUCUUUUUCUUCUUUAGUUUCUCUAGUAUGAGUGGUAGAGCUGCCGAUGAAACAUUGGGAGCAAUCAAAUCUAAUGAGCUCUCUGGAACAUUUGUCAUUAUUCUCUUCCUAUUCUUUAUUGAAAUUUGUAUUGAACGUGUAUUGUACUUGUUUGCCACUGCAACUGGCAAGUUGAUAUUCCACUUUUUAGUUGUAUUAAUUUAUCAUAUUGUUUACAUUGCCUUCUUUGUUGAAGUUUCCAGAAAUCAGAAUACUAUUGGUUUGGUACUCCUCAAGAUUUUAUUCUUUAUCAAGUGUGUUUAUCUCUUUUUGGGAUGUUUACAAAUCAGAACUGGCUAUCCAAAGAGAAGAUAUACUCAAUUCUUUACCAAGUCUUACUAUUACAUUGCUCAAUACGUCUAUUUAGUUUACAGAGCAAUUCCAUUCGUAUUUGAAUUGAAGACCUUGUUGGAUUGGACAUUUAUUGAUACUACAUUGACUUUUUAUGAAUAUUUGAAAUUGGAAGAUGUCUAUAGUCAACUUUAUAAGAGAAAAUGCGACUUGGAGUAUAAGAUUUUACAAGGUAAAGGAUUUGGUAAUCGUAUUUUCCUUACUACAAAGGCAACAAGUGGUCUUUUGCUAUUUAUUGUCUUUGCCAUGAUUAUCUUCUUUCCAUUAUUGUUCUAUUCAACUGCCAAUCCUGCUCUCAGUUAUAACACUGUGAAUAGUAUUCAAUUUUCAAUUGGAAUUGAAGGUUUUGAGCCAUUCUAUCAGAAUGAAUAUUUCAAAGUUAAUCCAGAAAAGAGUUUGGAAACCUUUGUUGAUUUCUAUGACGGAAAUGGAUUGAAAUUAUUCCCUAAUUAUGAUCCUACUUUUUGGAUUCAAAACUUUACACUUGCUCCAUAUUCAGAAAGGUAUUGGCUCAUUUCAACACCAAGUAGAAUGAGUAUGGUGGAAGCAUUGGCCAAUGAGACACUUGCACUCAACUUGACAAUGAGUUUACUUGUGAAAAGAAGUGGUCCAUCCACUCAAUUGGAAUUGGAAACUCGGCAAAGUAUUGUAUUGAAUGCUUGGAAACGAAAACAAUUGGCUCAAAUGAUUAAUUAUAAUGUUUCCAAAGUCAAUUCUGAAAAUUUGAAAGAGAGCAUUGAUAUUCCACUCUCUUACAAUCCAUACAUGAUGAACAAGUACUCGGCGCUUGCUACUGCCACAGUUAUGGAAAGUCGAUACUUGCCAAAUUGUUCUCUCACUGUAACAAAUGUUUACAACUCGUCGAGGACUGAACUUGUGCAUAAUCCACCAGGAUUUGUCUCUUGGUUCAUGUCAUGUACACAACCAACAAAGUUCUAUCCCUUGGAAAAGAGUGGUAAUUUGAAGAGCAUAACUGGAGGUCCUUUCUUUUUUAUUCAGAGUACUAAUAUUGUAGCAGCUGAUUCUGUCAUUUCUGCCAUCAGUAGUUUUGGUAUUAUUACCUUCUAUACAUCUUUUGUGUUGGCUGUAGCUCAGUUUGUUCGUUUAUACAGCAGUAAUCUUGUUGGAAGAAUUACAUUUGAAGAUUUGGACAAUGUAGAUUUGAUUUUAUGUUAUUGUCAAGAUAUUUACAAGGCAAGAGAGGAUAAGGAUUUGGCAAUGGAAGAAACCAUGUUUGUAAACUUGUUAAGAAUAUUCAGAUCCACCGAAUUGCUACAAAUUUGGACUCGGGAUGCAAAGAAAAAUUGGAUUUAA